UAACACCAACACAUUUUCCCCACAGUUUUAAAUUUUAUUUCUAAAAUAUUUGUCAAGUGUUAUCAAAAUGAGUUGGUCGGCUACCUUUAUGCCUUUGAUCACAGCCAUCCACCCCAAUGUGAAGUGUAUGUGGGCGAGAGAUUUGGCAGGCAACAGUCACAUGGCUUGCGUGGGGAGCGUUGAUGGUUCUGGCACCCCGGCCGAAAUACCAGAAAGCCAGAGAUCUUGCUUCGAUGCGCCUACUAAAGCAGAAUUGGAUGUAAUCGUAAAAUCCGCUGCAACGGAAGUCCCCAUAUCAACUGGAGCCACCAUUGGUGGCGCCGGGUACAUGUGUGUUUAUAAUGUUGAUAACAUGGUUGGGUUCGCCAAAAAAGGAGACAGCAACACGCAGGUUGUGGUUGCCGUGUUCAAAACCAUUGCUGUGUUCGCGUAUGGAUCUCCUGGAAUAAAAGUUAACCAGAUAGUUGGCCAUCUAUCUGCAACCAAAAAAUACUUUGAUGGAAUCAACUACUAACAUUGCAAUGUGUAUGAUUGGAAGAACAUCCUAAGAAUAAUUCGUAUCAACGACAACAAUUUGGACUCGAAUUGAAUUAUCUAUUUCUGUAAAUGUGUUGACGUUAUUUCAUAUUUAAAACAUUAUGGUACAUUUGUUACUCGAACUUUAACGCCGCAUGCUUAAUCUGCUUAUAAUUAAACCCAUGUACAUAUUUAAUUGCAAUAGUAGCAAAAGUUUGGAAAAUUUGGAAUAUAUACCCUGCAUGUGCUUAAUGUCAUUCCAUGUAUUUAACCCAUAGCUCUUUGAAAUCAUAAUAUAGA